GUGCAGAAACCGGACGUGGCUGCAAUGCAGCUUCAACUUCUACCCUAUGACGUCCUGCGUGACAUACUGUCACGGUUGUCGAUCAAGGAUGUCGUGAGGAUAAGCACACUUUCUGGUGAAUGGAGACAGCAGCGGAUAUGCCACCCAGAUCUGGUCUUCACCAAAGAUACCUUUGGCAUCAGUACAGACACGAAUACUGACCCAGACCUUGUCACCAAAGACUACUAUGGCAUCAUUAAAGACAUGAAUACUAAACGAGCAUCCUGGGCUGCUAAAUUCAUCGCUAAUGUGGACAGUGUAUUGCGCCCACUGUGUUCUACUCCAACUACCAUGACGCUGGAUAAGUUUGUUGUCAAAUUUGGCCUUCGCAUAAGGCACAAGUAUCACAUUGAUAGAUGGGUUAGAUUUUCCAUUGCGUUAAGGGCCAAGCACAUUGCUUUUGAUUUCACGGUUGAUGUCACUUGUUAUGGCGCUACAUAUGACAAGUACAAGUAUGUUUUCCCGCUGUGCAAUCUCAGUGGCCCAAACGGCUCUUGUGUCACAUCUCUUGAUCUAGGCUACGUAUGGUUAAAGCUGCCCCUCAGUUUCUCUGGUAUCACAAACCUUAGGAACCUCAGACUAAGUACGGUCUCCAUCAGUGAUGAUGAUCUCCAGUGCCUGUUGCUAAGUUGUGCCCUUCUUGAGUGCAUAAACAUAGAGUGGUGCGCCUAGGACAGAAACUGUGCAGGUUGCAGUACCUGCGUGUUCGCCAUUGUGAACUGGACAUGAUAGAGUUGCAUGCUCCAAAUCUUACCAAAUUUGAGUUUGAUGACCAUCCGAUGCAAACUGUGCUCACUCAAUCUUCAAAGUUGUCAGAGGCAAUUUUUGUGUCGAACUUGAGAGUACUCGACGGUUAUGAUGAUGUUCUGGAUUAUAUCUUCACUGAGCUUCCAACUGCGCUUCCUCAUGUGCAC